AUGUCUGCGCCAGGUGGGGCUCCGAGCCCUGCACCCCGAAGUGGAAGUAUGGGGCCUGGGGGUGCUGGGGGUGGAAUGUCCAUGCCUCCUCAGCAGUCGAUGGCUGCUACUCCCCCGGUUCCAGCGCCGACGCCGGGUCCGCCUCCGCCGCCCCCUAGUGGCGCGAUGUCGCAGCAGAAUCUGAAUCAGAUUGUUAUCGAUUAUUUGGCCAAGAAAGGGUAUAGCCGUACUGAGGCUAUGCUACGCAUGGAAUCCGCCAACCAAGAGAUUGAUGGACGUCCUUUACCUCCUCUAGGGGAAGAUGCGCGUCCCAAAUACAGAAUGGGGUUUGACCUGCUGAAAGUCUGGGUUGAAGAUAAUCUGGAUUUGUACAAACCGGAGCUCCGAAGGGUGCUCUGGCCGCUUUUCGUCUACUCUUUUCUGAACAUGGUCACCUCAUACUACCCACAAGAUGCGAAGCAGUUCUUUGAAAUCAACAAGAACCUCUUCUUGCCAGAGCACACUGAGGAUGUGCGUGCAUUGGAGCCCAUCGGCCUGCCCGAACAUGUGCAGGAUAACUCGGUUGCCAAGCUGUACCGCUCGAACAAAUAUCGUCUCGUUCUGAGCAAUCCGGCUUUCUCGAAUCUCAUGCAAUUUCUGGAAAGCAAGCAAAAGGAAGGUGGAUCGGUCAUGUCGGCCAUCUUGAGCAGUUACUGUACUGUUAUCACCAAAGAACGGGCCGUUGAUGACCGGUUUAGCUUCGCUGCCUUGCUUGGCCAAGCUGGCGACGGUCAAACUUUCCCGACGGAAGAUGAAGGUAUUCCAGGCCACCAUCCCGGCUCCGCGUAUACAGGCGAUAAUCCGGCCAUGGCUGGAACCUUGCCACGGCUUCGGCUCGGAAAGCUUCCUAUGGAACCAACUCUAGAGGCCGACGUGAGGGGCGAGCUCGCGGAUGAGGAUUUAAAGAAUCCACCUGGCCCUGGACAGGGCACCCUAGUACAGGAGCUUGACCACAUCAUCAAAAGGGAAGAAGAUGAAGAAGCCCCGACUCGCGCUGAUAUACCAUAUCCUCCGUCCACGGCCCGGGACGUGGCUAUCGAGGUGCAAAAAGUAAAGGAGAACCGUGAUCGGUUUAGGAUCGAAGGCCGCACAGGCGGUGUCGGUCCUGCUGUCAGCGUUUGCAUGUUUACUUUCCACAAUACCUACGACGGAAUUAACUGCCUGGAUUUCUCUGAUGACAAUAUGCUCGUUGCAGCUGGCAUGCAAGAGUCGUAUAUCCGUGUUUGGAGCAUGGAUGGGAAACGGAUCCAGACAACGUACGAGAAUGUCGAUGACUCCACACCAUCAAACUCCCGCCGUCUGAUCGGGCAUUCCGGACCUGUUUAUGCGGUGGCUUUUGCGCCCUCCAUCACCCGUACUGAGAACGCAGUGGCCCCGACCAAUGCUCGUUGGCUGCUCUCGUCCUCCGCCGACAAGACCAUCCGGCUGUGGUCGCUGGAUCUAUGGCAAUGUAUGGUCGUGUACAAGGGGCACGACCAGCCUGUGUGGGAUCUGCAAUGGGGACCAUUUGGGCAUUACUUCGUUUCUGGAGGACACGACAAGACCGCGCGUCUCUGGGUGACGGACCAUAUCCGCCAACAGCGUAUCUUCGUAGGACAUGACCAGGACGUUGACUGCAUUUGCUUCCACCCGAACUCCGCCUACGUUUUCACGGGCAGCUCUGACCACACGGUGCGAAUGUGGGCUGUAACCACGGGCAACGCGGUCCGGAUGUUCACUGGACACACGGGUAACAUCACAGCCCUGGCCUGUAGCCGCGAUGGGAGACUACUUGCCUCCGCUGACGACCAUGGGUCAAUCCUGCUGUGGGACCUCGCCCCCGGCCGGCUGGUGAAGCGCAUGCGCGGUCACGGGAAGGGCGGCAUAUGGUCUCUCAGCUGGAGUGUUGAGUCGACCGUGCUUGUCUCUGGGGGUGCUGAUGGAACCGUGCGCGUAUGGGACGUAGCGGGCCCAGCUCAGGAUCCCUCCCAAGGCCGGGUUGUCGGAGACGGUGCAACAGGCACCAAGGUGGAUGCCGGAAGCGCCACGGCUCCCAGUGCGCAGACGUCCAGCUCCGUUGCUCCAGGCAUUGGUAAGAAGAAAGGCAAGGACGUUGUCGUCACGCCGGACCAAAUCAGCGCGUUUCCCACGAAAAAGAGCCCCGUCUACAAGGUGAAAUUUACGAAUAUGAAUCUGAUUGUCGCUGGGGGCGCUUAUCUUCCUUAA